AACCUUUCCUUUUUGUAUUUUCUCAAGAAAUUUCUCUCUUCUAACACCCAUUCUCCGCUCCUCUCUCUCGCUCUCUCACGGCUUUAAUUUGAAAUUCUUGGACGCCCACUUCGUGUAUCGUUUGAUUCCUUUUAUUUUAGUAAUUAAACUAAACCGUACAAUCAAUACUUCCAAGUCGGCCACCCACCAAAUCCCUGUCUUUGUGCGUGUGCGCUAUCUGCAAUGGGUCUUGGUUUGAUCUGAGCUUCUAGAUUUAUUCCUAGACUAAGCUGCCCUACUACUAGAAUGGCAUCUGGGAAUCCAUUUUUUGAUGAUAUGCGGAGCAAACCUGAGGUUAUCGAUCCUCCUCAAAGCGAAGACAUGAUGGAUGCCGGUGAGAAUGUGAAUGACCCUGCUUCAAAUGCUCUAAAACCUAAUGUGAUUGUUUCUAGCAGUGUACGUGAGCUGUUGGAGUGCCCUGUGUGCUUAAAUGCCAUGUACCCUCCUAUUCAUCAAUGUUCAAAUGGUCAUACAUUGUGUUCUGGUUGCAAGCCCAGAGUGCACAACCGGUGCCCUACUUGUAGGCAUGAACUUGGCAAUAUAAGAUGUCUUGCAUUGGAGAAGGUUGCUGCUUCUUUGGAACUUCCAUGUAAAUAUCAGAGUUUUGGGUGCAUGGGCAUCUACCCAUAUUACAGCAAACUUAAACAUGAAUCUCAAUGCACCUAUAGACCCUACAAUUGUCCCUAUGCUGGAUCAGAAUGCACUGUCAUUGGUGACAUUUCUUCUUUGGUGGCCCACUUGAAAGAUGAUCACAAAGUUGACAUGCACAGUGGCAGCACUUUCAACCAUCGCUAUGUCAAAUCAAAUCCACAAGAGGUUGAAAAUGCCACAUGGAUGCUGACGGUCUUCAGUUGCUAUGGCCAGUACUUUUGUCUGCAUUUUGAAGCUUUCCAGCUCGGGAUGGCUCCAGUCUACAUAGCAUUCUUGCGAUUUAUGGGUGAUGAUAAUGAGGCGAAGAACUACAGCUACAGCUUAGAGGUUGGUGGAAAUGGAAGGAAGAUGAUUUGGCAGGGUGUACCUAGAAGCAUUAGGGACAGCCAUAGGAAGGUUCGCGACAGUUUUGAUGGUCUCAUAAUCCAACGGAACAUGGCUCUCUUCUUCUCUGGAGUUGACAGGAAGGAAUUGAAGCUUAGGGUAACUGGUAGGAUUUGGAAAGAGCAGUGAUCAUCUCCUUUCCCUUACAUCAUCUAUCUUACCCCUUAGUAGUAAGUAGGUCAGUGCGUUACUCUAACGCCAUGUGUCUCCUGGUCAUGUAUUUUUUUUCUCUCUGGAAUUUAGGAGGCAAACUCUCUUUGCUUGUCCAUUGCAUUAAAUACAUGAGUGGGAAGGCACACCUAUUAUCUAUAAUCACGAUACUUAAUCUAUUUGCAGAUGAAUAGUAGUCUGGUGAUGCUAAUCCUUUCUUCUGCGUUCGUGCAUGGGUGAACAUACAUCACUAUAUGAACAGCUUUGGAUGCCGGAGCAAUUGAAUUGAGGAAGGGGACAAAAUCCAAGAGGAAAAAAAUAAACCAUGAUAGAGACAAUGAGAUCAGUAUCUUCUAUUCACUAACUUUAUCUUAACAAUUCUAGAUAGUCCUUGUGAGAGACCACGUCCACGAGGCACAUAGUCCACUCCUCACCCCUUGUCGAAAUGAAAGGCCACUUGUCCUUUUCGAAACAGAGUGACUGAUCCAAACCCAAUACCAAAUACCUAGGACGCUUUGAGUUUGGUCUUUAACAGUCUCCUUUUCUAUACUGUUACUCUCCAUAAUAUGAACUAUAAUUGCCCCCCAAGAGAAAGGUGUAGGCGUGGUAGCCUUUCUUCUUUUUGGCUAAAGGUGGAUGCCACUUUCACUAGGGCAUUGUAAUAAAAUUCGGCG